UUGGCGCGUUUUGAGUGAAAGUUGGCGCCACGAGCUUUAGCACAACAAGCUUUUUUGCUGCUUCGUAAGACGCCGUAAAUUAAUAAUAGCAGGAUUUCUUUUUGAACCUGAAGCACCUUUGAGAAGUCAUGGCUGUUAAAUUGACAGAGGGCGCAAUCGAGGCGCUGGUUAAGGGAAAAGAGGUUUCGAACCCAUUUCUUCAGUUGAUUAAUAUUCGGAAACUUGAUUCAGGCAACGGACCAGUUCGCUUUCGCCUCAUGAUGAGUGAUGGCCUUUACACCAUGUCCUCCUUCAUGCUCGCCACGCCGCUGAACUCCCUGGCUGAACAAAACCUUGUAGCUCCGAACUGUGUCUGCUUGCUGAAGAAAAGUGUCACCAACGUUCUUAAGGAUGGACGCACUGUGGUUAUUAUCUUGGACUUGGAGGUGAUUAAACCUGCGGAUCAGAUGGCAGGAAAAAUAGGAGACCCAACUCCUUAUGUGGAAGGUCAGUCCAAAGCUCCACAGGCUCUACCGGCUGCACCUGCCCCUGCUCCUUCUGCUUCAGCACGUCCUCUGCAGUCACAAAAUGGAGGCUCCAUGAAUAGAGGCUCCAGUCGUGAUUUUGGGAAGAAGCCCAUGACUGCCCCCAGCACACCAGGAGGCACUUCGAAAGUAGUGCCUAUUGCAAGCCUUAAUCCCUACCAGUCAAAAUGGACCAUUAGAGCACGAGUCACUAACAAGAGUUCCAUUCGUACCUGGAGCAACUCUCGAGGGGAUGGAAAGCUCUUUUCAAUGGAGAUUGUUGAUGAAAGUGGUGAGAUUAGAGUGACUGGGUUUAAUCAGGAGGUGGACAAAUUCUACUCCCUGAUCGAACAAGGAAAGGUUUAUUACAUCUCUAAGGGCACUCUGAAGAUUGCCAACAAACAGUUCACAUCUCUUAAGAACGACUACGAGAUGACUCUAAACGGCGAGUCGACCAUUAUCCCCUGUGACGACAGCCAUGAUGUUCCCAUGGUGCAGUGUGACUUUGUUUCUAUUGCUGAUUUGGAUGCUCGGGAUAAGGAUGCCAUUGUAGAUGUGAUCGGUGUCUGUAAGAGUGUGGAGGAUGUGACGCGUAUUACAACUAAGAACAGUCGCGAGGUUUCCAAGAGGAAUAUCCAGCUGAUGGACAUGUCUGGCAAAAUUAUUCAAGUCACCAUGUGGGGAAAGGAGGCCGAGACAUUUGAUGGCACCGGGCAGCCUAUCUUGGCUAUAAAAGGUGCCAAACUCUCUGAUUUUGGAGGGCGUUCACUUUCCACACUCUUCUCCAGCACGCUGAUGAUUAACCCUGACAUUCCAGAGGCAUACAAACUGCGAGGCUGGUAUGAUAAAGAAGGUCACGCCCUGGAUGGUCAGUCCAUGACAGAAAUGAGAGGAGUAGGAGGAGGUGGCCCCACUAACUGGAAGACUUUGGCAGAUGUCAAAAACGAGCACCUUGGUCACGGAGACAAGGCUGAUUACUUUACCUGCAUUGCCACCAUUGUGUACAUGCGGAAGGAAAACUGCCUAUAUCAGGCCUGUCCCAGCAAGGACUGCAACAAAAAGGUGGUGGACCAACAUAACGGCAUGUUCCGCUGUGAGAAGUGUGACAAAGAGUUUCCUGACUUCAAAUAUCGUCUCAUGCUCUCUGCAAAUAUUGCAGACUUUGGAGAUAACCAGUGGGUGACGUGCUUUCAAGACAGUGCUGAGACCCUCUUGGGGCAGAAAUCAGAUUACAUAGGCCAACUUAAGGACUCUAAUGAGGCUGGGUUUGAUGAGGUCUUCCAGCAUGCCAAUUUCAGCACUUUUGUGUUCCGCAACCGCGUGAAAUUGGAGACCUACAAUGAUGAAUCUCGCAUUAAAGUAACAGUUGUGGAGGCCAAGCCUGUGGACCACAAAGAAUACAGCAAGAGGCUGAUCAUGAACAUCAGGAAGCAUGCGGCGCAUUAAGAGCACUGCUUUAUUAUUCCAAGCACUUGAUGUGUCUGUAUACUGUCUUUCGUCUAUUUGGAUAUUUAUGUUAUACAGCAAUUCACAUUUCCUGUUACAGAACAGCUUUUUAAAGUAUGCAGUAAAAUGCUUAUUUUGGACUGAGAGGCUCUGCAGGUCAAGUGUUUUUUUUUUUUUGUUUUUUUUUUUUAGUUUAAUCAAAGUGCUGACCUUUUGGUGACCGAAUAAUUAAAGAAAGUAAUGGGACUCGUGUAUUAAGAUCAUAUGGCAGCAUACUGUUCAGUAUGUGUGCCUGUAUUUAAACUUGCAGCAGCAAAUCCACUGCUGUUUCCUGAUGUUUUGGUUCAGCAGCCCAGUCAGUAUGCUUUCUGUCUCUGAGCUGGCUUUGCUUAAACCUGCAGAGCUUAAGGUCAGAGUGACUCACAGCCACAUUCUGUACAUGUAGAUAUUUUCCUUUUUCUUUUUUUUUGUUUUCUGCAGAACUAAAAUGUUACCAACACAAUAAAUAAAGAUUCUGGGAACCCUAAUAUUGAGUGUUUUUAUUAAUUGGUUUUAAUAGUUAUUACAUGUGCAUGGAAAGACUGUUUUAGAGACAACAAAUUUUUGUGUAUUUUAAGCUUGUGGUAAUGAAUUGUAUCUCAAGAAUACACAUUGUUCUGUAUUGUCGACCUUUGUGCUUUAUUAUAGAGCUUCUCUAAGAGCAGUCUGUACAGCUGCUCCAUCGUAGCAUCCAAUAAUCCCUUAACACUCUAGGUCAAUAAAGACUCUGCAAUAUG